GAUCAUAACGUCGGUCUGCAGCCUGCGGGUCGCUGGAAUCUCUGUACCGCACAUUCCUGAUCAUGGGAAGAGACACAACUAGAAUACAUCUGCACCACAUUGCAUGCAGCUACCCCGACUUCAACUGCCGCUUGGGGCUGGGAAGACGUAGCGAUGCCGCAGAUCCUCGCGUCUAGCGCUGGAGAUCGACAAGCCAUUGCCGGCGGAGCAGGCUCGACGAAGCUGAAGACGUCGCCACGGCGCCGUCCACGAAGCACAGUCUUGGCAAAGCAGGCGCGGCGUUGCUGUUUGGCUUGGACCAACACCGUCUGUCACAACGCAGUACAACGCAGCCCAGUUACCGAGAUGGUUCCGCGAGAUUGGCGUGAGAAUGUACGUCCGAACCCUACGGUCAACGCUUCCGCGGGUGAUGAUCUGGGGUCUGUUAUCGACUUUUGCUUACGUCGCGGAAGCCGCCCUUCUGUAACGCCUUCCUCUGUGUUACUUGAAACACGGUCACUGAUUCGGCGAGCCAAUUCGUGUCUUGCCGAACCAGCUCCUGAAGCUCCAAGAUCUGGGCAUGCCCUGGGCGGAACAAUGACGGCUCGCCGACAAGGUGCAAUUCAUCAGCGACAUCAUCACCGACGAUGUUGCGCAUUGCGAGACUCCGGCGUGCGGAGAACUUACGGAAGCUAGGAUGCGCAGCUUGCUCCGGUGGAGCGAUGAGGUGCUGGUACCGUUCGUUUCUGAUGCGCUCAUAGAGCUCUGGCUUCUCGUUCUCCCUCCCAGCGGUAUCAGUGACGGAGCGUGAUAAUUCUUCGUUCAACGUGCGGAUGUUCUCUGACUGC